UGCGGUGCACAGUCUUCACAAGGCAAUAACGGUAACAAAGCCGCACAAGUUUACAACUCCAAAAGCAUAAGCUAUACCCAUUUGCGAACGGCGGCUUUUCUUUAUAUAAAUAAGCAGAUAAACCCUAUUUCACCACUCCAGUGCCAUAAACCCUAGCCGCUUUCUCUCUCCUUGAACCCUAAUUACUUCCAAGAUUCUUUGAACUUGAACAGUUGAAAUGGCUUUCUACAAUAGAAUCGGUAGUCUCAUGAAGCAAACAGUUUCCCAAAACUCUGUAUCAAAUGGACAAAUAACAGGACCUUCAAUGUUCAAUGCUAUUCGCUGCAUGUCUUCAAAGCUUUUUAUUGGUGGUCUUUCUUAUCAGACUGAUGAUCAUUCCUUGAAGGAAGCGUUUUCUGGAUUUGGUGAAGUUGUUGAAGCCAGAGUUAUUACUGACAGAGAGUCAGGGAGGUCUAGGGGAUUUGGUUUUGUUAGCUACAACAGCGAAGAUUGUGCCAAGGAGGCUAUGACAGCCAUGGAUGGACAGGAACUUAAUGGGCGAAGUGUUCGUGUUAGUCUUGCAACAGAGCGCGCUCCACGUACCGGUGGAUUUGGAGGUGGUGGUGGUUAUAACCGUGAUGCUGGAAAUGACCGCUACUAAGAACACUAUGUUUUUAUGCAAUAACAAAGUUAAAGUUAUAUCUCGUAUUAUCAACACAAGAUUAUUGAUUUUUUUUUCUUUUUUUUGCAAGGAGUUAUAUGAACUGAUUAGUAUUAUUAGUAUGUAAUCAUGUAAUCAUAAUCUUUUGUGUGCAACUUUUAUCUCCAUUCAGAUGUGUCUUGUGUCUUUUUAUGAGAGGAGUUAAUAUGAACUGGUAGGUGGUGGAAAGGCCUCCAUGUCAAACAGUCUAUCGUAUUGAUAGAUUGGUUGAAUGCUAGUUUUUUGGCAUUAGGUGUAUAUAUAUAUACAUGUAUAUAUUUUUAAUGGCAGAAACGUUAAUUA